AUGGCUAAAGAGUCAACCACCCCUAAGGCCAAGGCGACCAAACCGGUCAAGAUAGGAGGAAUUGCAAAGCGAACUCCGGUCAAAGCCUCUCCUGCCAAAGCCUCCCCUGCCAGGAUCUCGCUCGCUAUCAUUGAUAAGGACGUGAUCUUCUUGUGGAAAUGUAUCAAGACUAGCAGCAUGAAGAUUGACUGGAAUGCUGUCGCCAAAGAGACGGGCAAGUCGACUUCAACCUUGCAGAAGCAGUUCUCGCGACUUAACCAGAAGCUUGAGAAGAAUGUUAAAGUUGCCGCCCCCGAUGCUUCCUCCGACAAAGAUGCCAAUGAGGAUGUUAUGGUUGGCGCAUCUAAAGAUUCUGACUAG